AGUGGAGAUCAUUCAUAAAUAAUUUAAGAAGUCUUCUCGGGUUUUGUGAGCCUUGGAUUCUUAAGUUUGGUGAUGAUGGAUAUGGAGGUUAAGCAGACAUUAAAGAGUCUAUGUUUCAGCUAUGGAUGGUCUUAUGCUGUCUAUUGGCGCUCUGACCCCAUUAAUCCCAUGUUACUGAGAGUUGAAGAAACACACAAUGAUGAACAAUCAGCCACACUCGUUGAUGAUAUGAUUCUUAAGACUCAUGUCUUAGGCCAAGGUAUCGUGGGGGAAGCUGCUUUAACCGGAAUCCACCAAUGGCUGUUCUCAGGCACACUGUUUCAGUGUGAGCAUGAGUUUCAGAAUCAGUUUCUAUCUGGCUUUAAGAGUAUCGCAAUCAUUCCAGUAGGAUCAAGCGGCGUUGUUCAGUUAGGGUCUACUCAAAAGAUUGUUGAGAGCCGAGAGAUGUUGGAAGAAACAGAAAGAGCUCUGCAGGAGAAGCAUUCUUUGAAAGUAAAGGAUCAGUCGGUGGAUCUUGAUACUUUGUUUGAGUCUCUAAUUCCACUGGUAGACUGUGAGAUUGUCCCUGAAUCUUUUCAAGGACUCAGCUUCGAUGACAUCUUCACAGAAGAAGACACUAAUCCUCCUUCUUUGCUCUUCGAUAAACCAGCCUCUGAAGCAUCCCCAAAACCUUCUUCUUCAGACAUUAAUGGAGAUGAUGAUUCUGUGUUCGACAUUCUCAACUCUUACUCUUUGGACGAUCUUUACCAGCUGCUGGCUGAUGAUUCGCCAGAACAGAAUUGCCCAUCGGGAGGUGAUAAGGAAUGCUCUAUGGUGAUCGAAGGAAACGACAAGGAUCUUUUGGGGAUCCAUUCCUAUGAUUUUCCGCAAAAAGGACAGUUAUUCUCUGAGCUCAUAAGCACUAGCCUCAGCAACAGCACUAGUUGUACUUCUCUCACAAAUGUGCAACAAGAAGACUCUUAUUGUGGCCUGAAUCAGAGCAAAAGGCGGAAACUAGAAUCAUCAACAAUCUCAAGCUUCUUCUUUCCGCAGGCGGAGACACUAACACUUCUUAAUCCUCCCCUGUGGAUUGAUGAAGACGUUGCAGGGAAUUGGAAGAAACCUCAAGAAGAAGGAGUGAAGAAGAAGAAAAGAGCAAAGGCAGGAGAAAGCAGGAAACCGAGGCCUAAAGACAGGCAGAUGAUACAAGACCGUAUCAAGGAGCUACGAGGGAUGAUUCCAAAUGGAGCAAAGUGUAGCAUUGAUACGUUGCUUGAUCUGACGAUAAGACACAUGGUGUUCAUGCAAAGCAUCGCCAAGUACGCUGACAAACUCAAACAACCAUACUUUGCCAAGCUGGUGAAGGAGAAGGAGAGAACAUGGGCGUUGGAAGUUGGGGAUGAUGAUGAGUCGGUGGUAUGUCCGAUCAUCGUGGAGGAUUUGAAGCCGCAAGGACAAAUGCAGAUAGAGAUGGUGUGCCAGGAAAAUGGGGAUGAGUUUCUUGAGAUUGCACAUGUGGUGAGAGGUCUAGGUUUGAACAUUUUGAAAGGAGUCAUGGAAACGAGACAGGGAAGGAUAUGGGCACACUUGAUCGUCGAGGCAAAGCCA